AUGACAGCUGCCACGCGCUCACCUCAAAGUGGUGAGGAAGGCGUCGCUGAUUUGCAGGCGGUGAACCAGAUCCUGCACCUGGCAGGACGCGUCGCCGCGGGUGGAGAGCUACACGUUAUCCGGCAUUACGCAAAGCUCAUCCAGGAAAUGGAGGCCAACCUCUCCAGCGCUGGGCGAGCACUGCUGCUGCAUCAGCAGACACUCCGCGAUGCCAACCAUGGUCGAAAACCGUCAUUGGCAACUGCAUCCACCUGCACAGACGAGGAAUGGGAGAGCGUCGAGACCGUCGUCGAGGUAGAGGAGGACUGGCUGCUCCUCAACGUGCGCAUGUGA